ACUCAUAUUUCGGCAUGUAUUGAUUUUCUGUUCUCCUUCACGCGAAAAAAUAUUUUAUGUAUGUAGUGUAGAUAAUGCAAACGAUGACGCGAAAAAAUAUUUUAUGUAUGUAGUGCAGAUAAUGCAAACGACGAAACUGAAUUAAUAACACAUUCGGUCCUUGACCGAAGGAACUUGAGAUCGAGCACAGAGGUGGAAAUCUCUUGGAUGCAUCCAAAACAUGGUAAGAUGCGAAGUUUGUAAAAAACAUUUCGAAAUGUGACGGGCGAUUUUAAUUUGCAGAUAACGCGACCACUUAGCGCCGCGGUCUGAGCGAAUUGAUGAUCGGUUAAACGGCAAGGAGAUUAUCGUGACGAACGACGAGAUGAACGAAGAUGAUACCUCAAGGUGGGAGGUUCCCCACUAUUGGUACCCGGAAAAAGACGACUCGGAAGACAGCCGAGCGAAGAAGAUAGUUUCGAGCAGCCGGUCGCCGCACAAGUAUUUAGAGUCCGUUUCGUAUUCUCGAGGAGGAAUCGCGAACCGGUUCCACUGGGAACACGUCACGCUGGUUUAAAGGAAGCGGGAAACCAUGCGUUAUCCAUCGGGAAUCGCACAGUGGACAUCCCUGAUCCUGCUGCUCGCGACGGUCCAUGCGACUUCGACGAAGCAACCGCACAUUGUUUUCAUCCUGGCCGACGAUUUGGGAUGGAAUGACGUUGGCUUUCACGGCUCCGGACAGAUCCCGACGCCGAAUAUCGAUGCGCUUGCGUACUCCGGACUGCUCCUCGAUAGAUAUUAUGUCACUCCGAUCUGCACACCAUCGAGAAGCGCCCUGAUGACCGGCAAACAUCCCAUUCACACUGGAAUGCAGCACGGCGUUCUCAAAGGUGCGGAGCCAAGAGGAUUACCACUUCACGAGAAACUCUUGCCGGAAUAUCUACGCGAGCUUGGAUACAGCACGCACAUUGUCGGUAAAUGGCAUCUAGGAUUUUACAAAAAGGAGUACACCCCGACUUACAGGGGAUUCGACACCCACACUGGCUUCUGGACGGGUCACCAAGAUUACUUCGAUCAUACGGCUGUUGAAGAUCCAUAUUGGGGCUUGGAUAUGAGACAAGGUAUGGAAGCGACGUGGGACUUACACGGACAAUAUUCUACGGAUAUUUUCACAAAAGAGGCGGUGAGAUUGAUCGACAAGCACAACUCUAGCCGACCGAUGUUCCUGUAUUUGGCUCACGCAGCUGUGCACUCCGGAAAUCCUUAUAAUCCACUUCCGGCGCCGGACGAAGAGGUCGCUAAGUUCACUAACAUUUUCGACUACAACCGAAGGCGUUUCGCAGGCAUGCUGAGUAAACUAGAUCAAUCGGUGGGCCAAGUAGUUCAAGCUUUGCGUACAAAAGAUAUGCUGCGAGAUAGUAUAAUCAUCUUCUCGACGGACAACGGUGGCCCUGCCGCCGGAUUUAACUUGAAUGCAGCGUCUAACUGGCCGCUGAGGGGUGUCAAAAAUACCCUUUGGGAAGGUGGCGUCAGGGGUGCGGGAUUAAUAUGGUCGCCUAAACUGGUGCGGCCUGGCCGAAUAAGCAGACAGAUGAUACAUAUUACCGAUUGGCUGCCGACGCUUAUAACAGCCGCCGGUGGUGAUCCAUCAAACUUAACUGUCGACGGCAUGGAUCUAUGGAAUGCGCUUAGCGACGAUACCGAAUCGCCGCGCGCGAUCAUACUUCACAAUAUCGAUGAUAUUUAUGGGGUCUCCGGUAUCACGAUUGGCGAUUGGAAACUCAUUCAGGGAUCUACUUACAACGGAGGAUGGGACGGGUGGUACGGUCCAUCUGGCAGAGAAUGGGUCUACGACGUGAACGGUGUGAUCAACAGCACGACGGCACAUGCAGUUGCCAGUGUGGGAUUGGGUGUUACCGCGGAAGCUGUUCGGAUGCUGCGUGAAAACGCGAUGAUCAAGUGUCCGCCGCGGAACGACAGUCUGCCUGUCUGCAGACCGCUGGUAGAAGCGUGUCUAUUCAACAUUUAUCAGGACCCUUGCGAGGACAAUAACCUUGUUAAGCAGUUUCCUACGAUCGUCGGAAAACUUCAUGACGAGCUGAAGAAGUUCAACAGUACUGCGAUUCUGCCUGGAAAUCUUCCGUGGGACAGUAAAGCUGAUCCUCGUUUAUGGGACCAUACUUGGACUAAUUUCAGAGAUUUAAUUACUAAUGCUAUGAUAAAUGACUGAUUAUGGCAAAGAUUUCGUCUUUAUUUACUCCUGCAGAAUAAUGUAUAAUUCAUACACGGAUCUGAAGACGCGCUGUCACAUCUACAUAAAAAAAACUUAUA